CACGUGCCUAACAGGUACCGGAUAGACGUUUAUGUACUCCUUAAGGCUGCGUUAUCAAUUUUAUCAAUUUUAUCGAUUUGUUUAUGGCUGUCCUGGAAAGACCGGCCGUCCGAGGAACCCGCCAAUACCGAUCGGUGAUCCCUGAAGAGACGGGAUUAGGUGGAGCGUCCGACCAAUUAGAGCUGAGCGUCCGUUCUCUCAACUUUUUUUCUUCAUCUUCACGAGCGUCAACCCGUGAUUUUCAUAUUCAUAAGUCUCAAUCUUCCUUUUCUCUUUUCCACUUGUCACUUGUACCACUUUUUACACAACUACCCUGGCGAGUCAAUCGCAGGGUCUCUAAUAUUUUCUUCCCGUCGCUCCUUCAUUCGAACGUUUUCCUUUACACAUUCAGACUACUUGUUGUAAAAGACUCGUCAGUCUCUUUUUCCCACGUAGUCCUAGCGCAUCAUUUUCGCGCAAACUUGUCUACGUGGCUUUAUCGUGUCUGGCGUGUACGAUCAAUCGUCUUCCAUCAUGGCCACUCCCGCUGCUCCUGCUAUUUGGGAAUCUCUCCCUAUCCCAACUCUCGAUCGACCGUUCGGCGUACCGAUAUGGCCCUACUUCAGCAAGGCCUUCGAGGCCGUCGUGGGCUAUCCCGCCGAUGAUUUCCGAUUCGUGGCCGGUCAGACGCCUAUGUCAACGUUGAAAGAGACGUUGAUCUUUAUUGUCGUAUACUACAGCGUGAUCUUUGGCGGUAGAGAGUAUAUGCGGAAUCGCGAGCCCUUCAAGCUGAAGGCGCUCUUCUUGAUCCACAACUUCUACCUCACCGCUAUUAGCGGUCUCCUUCUGGCGCUGUUUAUCGAGCAGCUACUACCUACCGUUGUCAGACAUGGCAUCUUCUACUCCAUUUGCGACAAGCAAGGAGGUUGGACGCAGCCGUUGGUUGUACUCUACUACUUGAACUACCUCACCAAAUACCUCGAACUCCUUGACACUGUGUUCCUGUUCCUCAAGAAGAAGCCUCUGACUUUCCUCCAUUGCUAUCACCAUGGUGCGACGGCAUUCCUCUGCUACACUCAGUUAAUUGGUUCUACUGCGGUUUCGUGGGUCGUAAUUACCCUCAACUUGACCGUUCACGUGGUUAUGUACUGGUACUACUUCCAGAGCGCUCGUGGAAUCCGAAUCUGGUGGAAGGAGUACAUCACCCGUCUACAAAUCGCCCAGUUCAUCAUCGAUCUCGGAUUCGUCUACUACGCUUCGUACACUUACUUCACCUCUACCUACUUCCAAUGGAUGCCGAACGCGGGCGAGUGUGCUGGAGAGGAGUUCGCGGCCUUCGCUGGUAUCGGAACUCUAACCUCAUACUUGGUUCUCUUCAUCUCCUUUUACUUCGCGACGUACAAGAAGGACCACAAGGCGCCUAGUACGCGCAAGACCCUUCGACGCAUGUCGCAGGCUCCUCUUCCGGACCACCACACCGUGGCGAGCGCUAUUGAGAAGCCAGUCCUGGCUACCGGAGUCAGGACCAACGGUGUUACUACACGCUCCCGAAAGGCGUAAAUGCCUGAACUAGUGUUAGCUAGUCCGGUUGUCCCGUCCACUAUUUAGAAAAGUUGGAUCAUUGCUUAGCAUGGGGAUUUUUGGGUUCCGGUACUGAGAAAGCGAUGCGCCUAUUUCUAUGGACUACCUUACAACUAUUCAAACAUUGUAUUACUGGCCCCUGAACCGAUGAUGACAUUUCACAAAAGGGAGGCUACGACGGGGUAACGGGUGGGAGAAGCUAGGAGCCGGCUACAUGAGUAGAUACUGUAUGAUGGGAGAUUACAUAGAGAGGCGUUCUGGACGGUCGGGUGAUGACAAAAGCAUCUGAGGAUCUAGGGUCGCAUGGAGGACGUUUGCCAUGUCAACCUCAACAUUUGUUCCCCUUCAUGUCGCAUAAUCCGGACUGGUGCUUCGAAUCAGCAACAAGGAAGAUCAUGACUAAUCGCCGGUAAUAAUAAAACUAAUUAACUGACUUGCUAGAAAUAUAGCGCACUUAUGAAGCGAAAGAAGAUUUCCGGGCUUGGGUGCGAAGUAUAGGUUAUAAUAUGGGAAUCGGAGGUGGCUAUCAAUACUACGACUAGACGAAUUCGAUAAUAUCAGAAAUCAUUUUUCUCGAUGUGUGUUUCGAAUACCAAACGCUUAUACCUUUAUAGGUAGCAUUAUACGAACUUCUCGGUGUUUCUGUAGAUUGAUCCGGAUCUUCGAUCCUUCUAAACGG